AUCAACUAAAUGCCAGAUAAAGCACACUGUUCUGUAUGAGAUGAUGGGUUUUGGACACUUCCUAUUCCUUCUGCACAGUAGACACAAACAGAGAAAUAGAAACACAACUAAAACAUGAAAAAGGUCACAUCUGUGUAUGCUAGUACCUUUAGUUUUCAGUACUUUAAUUUAUAGCAAGAACAUCUAGUGUGUUGGGUUUCACAGAUGAUCACAGAUGUUUCCUUUUUAUGACAAGUAGCACAAUGGUCAAAUAGUGUGGGUUAAUAUAUCACUUAUAAAAACAAAAUUAGAUCGGUUUAAAAGUUUUCAGUUUACUUUCUGAAUGUGAUUUUCCCUAAUAACUUGUACCCAACUUUUAUCAUUACAGCUGAAUCUAACCUAUUUUGUAACCACUAAAAAGCUUUUGGAUCCUCUCUGUUAGAAUAAUCGCCACCCCCAUAGCAUACCCGCCAACACAUUUUUCAUGACACAUCUGUUACAACUUAUUAUAACUGCUGUAACAGAUGUCAUACACUGUCUCUCUCAAAUCAGGUCUAGAGACUAAAAUGAUCAUGAAAAAAUACACACAGUGAAUUAACUUUUAACUUUAUUGAAUAAAAUAGAUAAUGGUAAAAUAUGGGUGUAGUUUUCUAUGGUUUCUAUAGUUUUUCUAUAUCCACGGGGGAUGCAAACUUUUACACUCAACUGCACACCAAAAGAAAAAAAAACUAACCAGCCUCCUAUAUAGAAAUGCUACAACUGGAAUUUAGGUCUCUGUGAUAGCAAGAUGUGACCCUUAUUCUGUCCUUUUAACUGUAGGCAAACUGCAUUAUCUAUAUUAAUAUUAACUAUAUUAUCAGAUCUAUUUAUUAUCAGGAUUAUAUUAUCGGUCAUUUUCAACUAAAAUCACUGUAGACAGCUAUAGGUCAUGAUAUUAUAGGAUUGGUUUUAAAUGACAUACUGUUACAUCCAGUAUGUUAUAAUGGAUUCAUACGUAAUCCAUAGGAUUUUCACCACUUGUGAAGUCAUUUCUAGAACAAUGCUGUGAGAUUUCACUACUUCAUUGUGAGUGAAAAUCCUUAUCUGAGGUCAAGCAUUGUCUGAAUUGGCAGCAUUAAAAUAUCACCCUCUGCAUAUUGCAUUUCCUUCUAUUUGUAGGUUUAUUUUACUGGCGAGUGGUGACAGCCCAGGAUAGUUCUCUUCGGGUCAGCUUUUUGAUAACAACUGAGUCUAGGAGAUUUGCCUAUUUUUGUCAGAUGACUUCUCACUGCCAAGCAGAGAACAAUCACCCGCGCUGCAGCUGGGGAUAAAGUUAAGCAAAAUGGAACUCCGGCCACAUUUCUGUAGGACUCUGUCUUUCUCGUUCCUUUUGUUUCUUUCUUUCUCCACCUCCAUCUUUCUCUCUUCUUUUGUACUUCUAUAGGAGUCAGUGCUGUGAAAGUACAGUAGUAUGUAUGACAAGCUUGAAUAACACUACCAUAGCGCUUAGCGGAGUUGGCUGACUGCCACAGGAGUGAGCAGCAGCGUGUGUGUUUGUGUGUGUGCAAAAGAAGACCAGGGAGGGGGUUAGAGCCUGUAUCUGUUAACUUGUGUGAGUGUGCGCUGGGACGAGAGAGGGAGUUACUUCAGUUGGGACACCAGGCUGUAUGAGGGCAGCACUCUCCGAAAAACUCUGACACACUGUUAAAACACUCAUACACCCACACUAAGCUGGAGAGGAGACCAUGUUCUGUCUGAGAGCUGUGUCCAGUUUAGAUGAGGAAAGCAAGUGGUCAGUACAUUACACAGCACCCUGGCAUCAGCAGGAGAAUGUAUUCUUGCCAGGAAGCAGACCGCCCUGUGUGGAGGAGCUGCACUGCCAGGCCAAGGUCAACCUGAAGACUGUUCUCAGAGAAUGCGACAAGCUGAGGAAAGAUGGCUUUCGUAGUUCCCAGUACUACUCUCAAGGCCCAACAUUCUCCUCACCCCUCCUAUCUGAUGGUGAUAGGCAACUGGACCAAGAUGAAAUGGAGAAGAAAAAAAAGUCAUCAGAGACGCCAGCUGAAGAAGAGAAGCUGGUGUACUCCUUCAGGCCACAGACCCCUCUGCUGGAUAACAUCAAUGAUAUAAACAACCAUAACAGCUGGAGUAAAUGUCUGCCCUUACCAACGCCGGAGGAGAAGAUGAGGCAGCAAGCACAGUCUGUGACCACUGACAUUGUCCCCAUCAACAUCACAGGAGAGAACUUUGACCGGCAGGCGAGUUUUCGUCGUACCAUAAUUAACACUGACACUAUAAUACGGAGGUCAAAGAGGGUGAAACGAAGGAAGACAAUAACAGGGGUUCCAGACAACAUCAAAAGAGAAUUAGCAAACGAACAAACUGGCAUCAGUACUCAGUCGAUCUACACGACAGGUCAAUACACCACCCUUGGCCAUGUAGGGAGCAUUAACUCUUCCCUCAAGUAUUUAGUCACCCGUGACUCUGGCUGCCAGACAGAUAACAUAAAGAUUAUACCCCCCUCAAUGCGUAGAAUCCGUUCACAGAAAGGCCAUGGAAUUACUACUCAAAUGGCAAACAUCUCUCUCUCAUCUUCUGGUAGCAUCUCCAACACAAGUGACUGCAAUGGUGCUAUCUGUACUCGUCAACUGAAUGCCUGUGACCAAGGCUUUCAUAGUCUGCCUCGUCAGGGUGCUCGAAUUUGUCUUCAAAAGCUUGAGGCCAAUUGCAGUAGUUCUUCAUACUCAACAGUCUCUGGCUCCACAAGCUCCUUACCCUACCAGGUUACCAUGCAACAUGCCAGUCAAGACUCACAGCACAUGUCUGAUUUAAGAAGAAAUACAUCAAUCAAUUCCAGGUCUGAUGAAUCCCAUGGUUUUCAGAAUGAAUGUCAUAAUGCAACUUCAGGCUACAUCGUUUCCAAUCACAAUAGUAGCACAUCCUCCUUGAAUGCUGGUAUUGUUUUGCAGAAUACCAGAAACCUUAGUUCUCUCCACUCAUCACAAAGCUUUGACACGGAAGAGACCCCACUACAUCCUAUGUCAUCUUGUCCCUCAGACCACCCUUUAAGCAGUAGUGGUACCUCUUGUUCUGCUAGCUCCUCGUGCUGCCAGUCUCCAGCCUCUCUCCACUUGGCUACAGAGACUGAGUCUCAAUGUAGUACUCUUGAUGGAAGGAACUACAGUCCCACUGGUGUCUGUGAAGACUCUGACAUGUCAGAGAGCAGCAUUCAUAGCUGCAGCACAAUGACCACAGACCACUGGAUGUAUAAACCUGCGCCAGUGGACCAGCAUAACUCAAGCUGUUCCUCCCCUAUCAGUAAUGUUUGUAAUAGUCUGGAAUAUUUACCCAAAAAGACAGACACCAGCUCAUUGGUUUCUAUUGAUACUGAGGAAUGCUAUACCUCUAUGCAUUUGGCACCAGAUGGUAAAUCAUACAGUCAUGAUUGCAUCAACAAAGCAGGUAAUACAAGACACAAUUUGUAUGAGUGCAGGGAGCAUCACAGUCAUGAUGACCGUGCAAGUCUGCACAGUAAUCAUUCUCUAACCCGCAGCAUUUCCCUGCGGAAAGCAAAAAAGCCUCCACUCCCUCCCAAAAGGACUGACUCGUUGCAACGCAAGCCACAGCGAAAACCAUACCACAAUGAAAAGCUCCUUAAUGAACAACUGAUCUCCAGUCUCCAUGAAUCCCUGAAAAGUCAUAGUGCCUCAUUCUCUGGCCAGAUACCCUUCAGUGGAUUAGAGGACAUUUGGGUACUGGGUCCCAGAAGCCAGAGCUCAGUUAGUGUAGCAAGCAGUGGAAUGUCAGCACCAGCUGCCGUGUGUCCAACCACACCCACACACAGUGACAGCAGCAGUCAGCACUCAGAAUACACUGAGUCAUGGGAUUUUCACAUGGAUUUUCCCCACUCAUGCUCUGAGCAUGUGCCAUCCUCUCAAAUUAUGAGGCCUGUACUUACCAAAGAGAAUUCGAGAGGCUCAGACAGUAAUGGAAUUCCAUUAACUGCCUGCAUCAAGACUGGGAUAAAUUCCAAGAUGGCAGCUUCACCAGACAAAAUCCAGCUUAUGACUUCACCAUCUAGUGGUUAUUCAAGUCAGUCCAUUACCCCAACUGCAGGUACCCCAGUAACUUCACUUCUGAGAGCCAAAUCUCCAGCAGGAAGACCCAAACCAAAAGUCCCAGAGAGGAAGUCCUCAUUGAGGUCCUCUGUUUCCUCUUACUCUACACCUCUGACCUCAAACACACCAGAUUCUUUGAAGAGCCUUUCGACACCCCCACCUCUCCCUAAAACAUUGCCUGGUUUAGUCACCCUUCAGUCUAGUUCAACUAGCCCUAUACCCAGUUUUGUUGCAUCCAAUGUAUCCCCAGUCAUACCAGGACCAUCUCCUCUGGCUAUAAGCUCUACUUUUGAGGAAAAGCAAAGUUCUCCCCCAGUGUCAUCCACAAUACCAGAGGAAUGUAAAAUAUCCAUAAGCUUUUCUCCUGACUCUCCUCCUCCUACAUCAGAAGUCUCAUCUCCUCUGAUGCUGACUGAAAAUAAUAUGAGCCCUCCACCACUCCCACCACCACCUCCACUUCCACUUUCAUCAAGUGUUCACACUCACCCUCUUACACCACCAUUACCUGAGACAGGUCUUCAAACAGUAACCAUUUUAACAAAUUCUCCUAUAUCUUUGGAUACAAUGAAAAAUGGAAAAGAACUAAACUCUAGGCAAUCUGACAAACGUGCAAGACAUGAGAGGCCAGUAAUUACUGCCCAAGCUCUUCAGAGGGUACAGCUCCGACCAAUAAAGCUUAUGAAAUUGGAAAAUAUUUUCACAGAUAUCAUUACAACCGUGUGUGGUCCAGAAAACCAGGAACAUAACAAGGAGCCCAGAACUAGUACAGACAAACCUGUAGAAACAGAGAUUGCCAAAAAUGUUCUUACACCUGACUCUGUCGGUCCACUUCACAAUGGUAUGGAUACAACAGAUUUUCCAUCAAAGGAGUCCACACGUAUUAUGUUGGUCUCUAAUCCAGCUUCUGUUUUACUUGAACCAAUCAGCAAUACCCAUUCUAGUGAGAACAUUCUAGAGCUUUCACGUGACACUGGACCUCUAAGUACAACUCCUGCCUACUCCAAAAUUCUACAGUCCACAGCUACUCCAUGUACAUCUAAUGGUACACUUCAGGAUCAGAGGUCUCCAAUAUCACCUAAAAAGUCCAACCACUCUCUGAUUAUGCCACCCAUCUUGCACCAACCUUGUUCGAAUGGUCUUGAGCAUCUUGAAGUUACUGCAAAGUCUUUAGAGCCAGAGACCCUAAACAGUACGUCUCUGACAGAUGCUGUUAAUCAGCAUGCAAUUCCACUACAACUAGAGUUUGAGGUUGAGAGUGAGUCUCAAAUUUCUACUCCUGUGAGUACAAGAAAACACUCGCUCAGCAGUGAAAUCUCCACAGACAGCCUGACUGACCCUCAGUUUAUUGGCCUGACUCUCAGUGACCAAGACAUUGGAUUGUGUGAUACAGAUCUUGGACUGAGUGAUAAAGACCUUGUGCUAAGUGAUGAUAGAGGCAUUACAGAUGAUAGUUUAAGUAGCAGCUCAGGAUCAGUCAUCUUCAAAGAGGAAGAAAAUGAUGAAAAUGAUGCUGUGUUUGACUCUGGAACAGAUAGCUCCUCUCCAACUUUCAGCAGUACCGGAGACGAUAUUGAGGAAAUGUUGACGCCUGCACGUCCACGUACUACUGAUGACCUAUUUGCAGCCAUCCACAGGUCAAAGAGGAAGGUUCUGGGGCGUUGCGAGUCUGAGGAAGAACGGUCCCGUGGUUUCAUUACCUCGCCGCCCAUCACACCCACAAGUUCCAGCCCCAGCCUGACUUGGAUGCCCCGUCAGAGCAGCUACAUCCAGCGUAGGCUGCGCCAUUCCACCACCAGCAAUGACAGCUUCAAAGCACUGCUCCUGAAGAAGGGCAGCCGCUCAGAGCCUGGUUUCCGAAUGUCUGCUACAGAGAUGUUAAAAUGCACUGACCCUCGGCUACAGAGAUCCAAUGCAGAGGCCUCAUCUCCCUUUUCAGCUCAGUGCACCUCCCCAGGGAGAAGCAGGAGAGCAUCCGAGGAGUGGGCACGUACAGAGGGCGCCUUGCCUCGUCUUUCGCCCUCAAUAACACACUCCAAAUAUGGGCGCUCCAGUACUCCACCUUGUGCUGCUAGCAGCAGGUAUAAUUGCCGCAGUCGCAUCCCUAGUGGGCCCAUGACUGUGAUAUGCGAGAGGGAAGGGGAACUGACUGAGUCAAUAGACUGCUGCAACAUUCCUUUCUCUGUGUCACUGUCUUCCAGUGGCACAGUGUGCGCUCAGGGCAGCACUUAGACCAAAACUGUUCUAACCAAUCUGGAGAUUCUUUUCACCAACUAACAGCCAAAGAAAAAUGGUUGUUCACCCACUCGAAUACAGAGCACUAAAUUCUUGCUCGCUGCACAAGCUUGUACUGGCCCACUGUAGCCAAAGAGAGAUAUGGGAAAGGGGAAGUGGAUUCUACCACUUUAUUUUCAUUCUUCUCCCUAAGAAGUCUUUUAAAUUUCACAUGAAAUUUCACUGCCUCACAAAAUAUUUCUUGAAGAUUACCCUUUUUUUUCCAUCUGUCCAUCUGUCUUCUCUUUUUGCAGGUUAGGAAAUGAAAGGAUAAAUGUAAGUUUCCUUUUGGCAUGAUAAGAAGGAAGAAUUUAGCUGAAAUGAGAGAGGUUUUUUUACAUGGCUUGUUGUUGGUUAGUGGAUAUAUCUUGACCCAAUCAAGCAUGUGCUAGAUGUGCUAGAUAGAAUGUGCUAGAAAUAACAGCACAUCCAACCAGCACAAACUACAAGUUAAAGAGGUUUGGGUCAGAAGUGAAAUGAUGCGUUUGGGAGGGGAUAAGUUAACAUGAGAACACGAAUGUUGUGAACAUGAAUGAACUGUUAGAGUAAAGUUGUUGAGGAAUGUAUAUGGAGAUGUUUAUAUGCACGAUCAGAUAAAAUAGUUUUUGGAGGUAUUUAGAAAGACUGAAUUCAACAAUGUAGAUUUGCACUACAUUUCAAAUGCUAAUUUCUAUUGUGAAUGGGCACAUAUUCAACAAAUGCUUUAAUAUCUUUUUUUUAACCAAAAAAUGAAAGCUAUAACAUCACUAAGCACUCUAAUCUUCUGUACUUUACCGGUAUAAAAAGAAUACAGGUGCUAAAAGCUCAAUAUCAUAAAUGGUGCAUACUAAGACUUAUUAGGUUAAAACAAAUAUAUUGCUAGUACUGGCCCUCAGUGAAAAAUUUCUACACUUUUGUAUUAAUGUUGCUUCUAAGGCACUGUGUAGUACGGAGACCUUGAAGUGCAAAACAAAUGAACAAAAACCACAAGAAGAUCACAAAGAAUGCAAAUGCAAAAGCAAUAACAAAGACAAUUCCAAAAACAAUAUGGAAUGCAAAAACACAACAAACUGAAAGACCCAACAGCAAAUCCAAGAACAUAAGUGCAAAAAAAAAAAAAACCACACACAAUAGCAAAUCUGAAAAGCAUAUCCAAAACCACAAAAGCAAAUCUAAAGACACUAAAAGCAUAUCCAAAACCACAAAAGCAAAUCUAAAGACACGAUAGUAAACCAGGAAACAACAGCAGCAAUUCUGGAAACCCAAUUCAAGAGUUCUCAAACCAAAAAAGACAGGAAAAUAAAAAGUACAGCUUACUCACACACUUGUGUGCAUCAGUCUGAGUGAUCAAAUAUAGGAGUAAAUUAUUUGGGCACCUUCUGAUGGAUGCGCUUAUUGAUGACAGCAGAUCUAAUAUUAGAUCAUAUGGCUGUCAUGUAUUCAUCUUCAAUAUCUCCUUUAUUCUGGUCACAUACACACCUAGGGCAUGUUUUUUUAGGAGCUAGGAGCAAACUAAAAAUCCUAGAGGAAACACAGUCAGUGGGAGAACAAGUGAAACCCCACACAGACAGUAAAAUGACAGUAACCCACUGUGCCACCAUCUUAGGAAAGCGCUUGAAGAAAAUAAGCACCAACAUAGUAAGUGCAUAGACAGAAAUGCCCAAAUCUUUUACACUGAUACUAAUCUUCAGUUAGCUUUUCUGAUUUGAGGACUGACUUGCUGUUUUUUCCUAGGAUUUGCCACUGUGAUUUUUUUUUUUAUUUGAUGCAGUUGCAUUGCAUUGUUUAUUUAUUUUGCACUUCAGGGCUUUCACAUUAGAGCCUUGUAUAUUCUAUUUGUUCUAGUUCAAGGACUCAGUUUACCAUAACUGCAAUAGUCUGAGAGUAGAGAAAUUAAAAGUGUUGGCGUGAAAGCUAUGACUAAGUCUUUUCACUGCAAUAAAGUUUGUUGACCAAU